CUGGUCUGCCUCCGCGUCCAGGCGCGGGGAGGGUUGCCGUUUCCUUAGGAAAAGUCCUGCCGCUUCCGAGGCGCUAAACAUUACAGGCGAGCGUUUUGAAGUUACUGAGUGUAUAGACUUUGGACACGCGUGAGUAGAGUUUAAGGAGCCAGAAGCUGGCUAUCUAGAAGCCACACCCGCAGAGGCCUUCCCCCCUCUCCGCAAUUUCUGUUGCAUUUGGUUCCGCCGAGACCCACGACGGUUCCGCCCCCUUCUUCCUUGUCAUUGAUGUUGUUGUUCUUGUCAGUGCCGCAGCCCCGACCGCCGGGAGCUCGAACCCGAGCCGGGGCCGCCCGGGUGGCGCGGUGGCGGCGGCAGCGGCUGCGGCUGCAGCAGCUGCGACGGCUGCGGGGGCUGCUCCGGGGACUGCGGGGACGGCCGGGGGCUGGCAGCCGGCGGCGGGGCCGGAUGGCUCUGUGCGGGCAGGCGGCAGGCGCCGCGUCGCUGCCCAGCGAGCUGAUCGUGCACAUCUUCUCCUUCCUGCCCGCGCCUGACCGGCUGCGGGCCUCGGCUUCCUGCUCGCACUGGCGCGAGUGCCUCUUCUACCCUGCUCUGUGGCCCCAGCUCCGCAUCUGCCUCCGCGUCUCCCCCGCGGAGCAGCCUCGGCUCGAAUUCCUCAUGCGCAAGUGCGGCUGGUUCGUGCGAGAGCUGCGUGUUGAGUUCGCCGCCGAGAAUUACCUGAGCGGUGGCGGCGGCCCAGGCGACGGAGGCGGCGCGGAUCCCGGGACUGGCGGGGAAGAAGUCGAGGCCCUGCAGCUCUCAACCCGUUGGCUGGAAGUGCUUCGCACCUACUUAGAGCUGGUGCUGUGCGUGCUGGUCAGCAUCCGGAACAACAGGAACCUCCAGAAGUUUAGCCUUUUUGGAGACAUAAGUGUUCUACAACAGCAAGGAAGUUUGUCAAAUACAUACCUCAGCAAGGUGGACCCUGAUGGCAAAAAAAUUAAACAAAUUCAGCAGCUGUUUGAAGAAAUACUGAGUAAUAGUAGGCAACUGAAAUGGCUGUCCUGUGGGUUUAUGCUGGAAAUAGUAACCCCAACCUCACUGUCAUCUCUCUCAAACUCUAUUGCCAACACCAUGGAGCACCUGAGUUUGCUGGACAACAAUAUUCCUGGUAACAGCACUCUGAUCACCACAGUCGAACUGGAGCGAUUUGCGAAUCUACGCUCACUUGCCCUGGAUUUCUGUGACUUUACAGCCGAGAUGGCAAGAGUCUUAACCGAUAGCAACCAUGUGCCUUUGCAGCGACUGUCUCUCCUGGUCCACAACGUUUCCGUGAUGCAAAAGUCUCUGGACAACAUGCCAAAUGAUGAGCAUUGGAAAGCCUUGUCACGAAAGAGCACCAGCCUCCGGGUCUAUAUAAUGGCCUUUGAUAUCAAGAGUGAAGAUAUGUUAAAGAUUCUGAAACCCAGUAUACCACUAGAGAGGAUUCAUUUUGACAGCUACAUCACUUGUGUUUCAGGAGCUAUUGUUGAUCUUAUAUCCAGGCAGUAUGAUAAGUUCCUCACUCAUUUUAUAUUAAUGAAUGAUGUGAUUGACACGUCUGGUUUUCCAGAUCUUAGUGACAACCGAAAUGAAGAUCCAUUGGUUUUAUUAGCAUGGAGGUGCACAAAGCUCUCUCUUCUGGCAAUUCACGGUUACACAGUGUGGGCACACAACCUCAUUGCCAUUGCUCGUCUUCGUGGCUCUGAUCUAAAAGUACUUGAAGUCACUGAAGAAAGCAUUGAUUUUGACCAAGGUGAACUGGCCGACCAGGAUGUGGAUCCAGUGCAUAACCUUAUUGAGCAGGUAUCCCUGGGCCUGGGUCAACCUUGGCACGCGGUCAUGGACAUCGAAUCACUCAGUGUCUUCACUGAACCAAAUCGUCAUUUUUACAGAGAGAUGCAAAGCUUCAGCGAAGACAUUUAGCUUUUUUAAAAAAUGUACAAUUCCUGUGGUUACAUAUGCAAGUAGGGUCCUAUUAUGUUUUUUUUCAGUAGUGUGAAUUAAUCCCUUUGUGCUGUGUUUAAUCAGUAUUAGCUUUAUAGAAUUAUAUAUGUAUAUUCUACUUCUUGAUCAAAGAACGUAGUCGGGUAUUGGUUUAGAAGUUCAAAGUGACAGUGUAUAGGGCUUUCACGGUUAAUGGACUUGUUAUCCAACCUUAAGGAUAUACAACCGAAGGUUGUCUGAGGUUGCUGGCUAACUUUAUUUUUCACUGAGUUACUCUGCCUUUUGAUGUUUUUCUUCUUUGUGUGUCAGAGUUCAGAGCUCAGGAGCCAAAAUAUUUUUAUACAUAUAUAGAUAUAUAUCCAUAGCCUGGUGGAUUUGUAUGCAAUGCACCGCAUUCAUGCAUUGUGACAGCACUUCAUUAAUUCUUAUUUGAAAUGGAAGAAGGGAGGAUAGUAUGAUCCCAAAUGAGUUAUCUUUAACAGAAAAGCCAAGACUUUAACUUUCAUUACAUAUAUAAUAGAUGAUAUCACCAAUUACCAUUCAGAAUUUUGUAUAGUACUAGGUUAGAACACUGUUUAAUCCUUUUUUUAAAAAAAUGCAUUUACCUAAAUGUGAAUACUCAAAUUGUUAGACUUUUUAAAAACUAUAUCUGACAUAAUUUAUUCAUCAAUUACAUUAUACAUUCAAGUUAGCUUUUUAGCCCAGAUUUCAAAUAGUGGAGGAAGAAACUGUAUUCCAGGGUAAAACCUCCUAAAGCAAAACCUUUAAAAAACAGAGCUGUAAACACACAUGCUUGCAAACAAACAUUAGUCGUGAAAUCCCUAGCAACGAGUCACUGGAUUUUUCUCUGUCAGCGCGCGUGUCAGCUGCCAAAGAAUAGACUUAACUGAAGAAGUGCCCACAUGCUGGCAGGGGCCGGCCCACUCUGGCCAGCCAGAUACUGCUAGAUUGUAAUAUUUAAGGUCGAAUUUCGACCUGUGGUACACAGCUGUGCUGUGGCUCAGUCAGCAACCUCAGAACUCUGAAAAAAAACAAAACAAAAAAAAGAAAAAAAAACCAUGCACCUGUUUCACUGUGAAUAGUGAAUGUAAAGGAAAGAAAGGAAAAACUGAAAACUUGUUCUAUCACAGGUAUGAGCUGCUAUGAUACAUGAAGAACAUUCCAUGAAGUAUGUUUUAAAACCUUGUUAUAUCUGAGAGGCUUUAAAAGCCGAUUUAACUGUUUCAGGGCAACCGCGGUACAGACGUGGUCUCUGUGAGACUUCCACCUGACCCCAGUUUUAAGUGGUACGAAUGUUGUGCAUUUAAUGUUAAAGGACAGUCUGCAAUAAUAAAGUAAGUAGCCAACGUGGGUGCCCAGCAGUGCUGAGACCUGGCUGCUCUAUUGUAAGCUUUGGAAACACAAUUUAUGCAACAGAUGUCCAGAUAUGAUUCUAUUUAUGGAAAAAGUUUAUAUGUAUUUUACAAAUGGUUUUACCAUCUUAUAUUAAAAUGACCUUUUGACAGGUGUGCACUGUUUUGUCUCCAGUGAGCACAUACCAUGAGGAUUUUAUAUGUACAUCAGUAGUGUGAAUCCACUGGCACAGUGUGUGUAAAUGCCAGAUGUGGUGAGAUUUUAUCUUAUAAAUGUGAUCGGAUAAAAUAAAUCCUGACAGAAACUGUAAGGAAACCAGCUGAGUGUUUGACCUGAUGACUGAUGUUGUAUGGUUUAUGUUAAAUGUAUAUUCUUUUAAUCAACGAAUAAAGCAUUAAAAAGUGA